CCCUCGACACCGGCCACCACCAACCCGCCGCGGAUCAAGGGUUCGCCGCGGGUGCCUCCGCCGCUGCAAUGCCUAUGAGUGGGCCUCUACCGCCGCCGCCGUUAGGUCUUAGGCUCGACGGUGGUCAGGAAAUGGCCACCAACAAGCGGACGCGCCACCAACAAUCGUCAAUGCUUGGUGCAGCCCAAGCGCAACAACAACCGAUCGUUGUCGAUCACAACUUGCGCAAUCAUGUAAGUCCACCGAUCAAAUCGUCACCAUGCAUGUAUCUAUCCAUAAUUUGAGUUUGAGGUUUAUCUAGAUUUUUGUUAAUGGCGAUCGAUGAUGCAGGCGGAAAAGGUGUGUACAACUUCAAGGGAGCAGAGGCAGAGGCACAUUAGUAUGAUGAUAUCCACCGUGGUGGCCAGGGCGAGGAAGCAGCUCGAGGCCAAGGACCAGGAGAUCGAGUGGAUCAGGAGCGUGAAUUGGGCACUCAAGGAGCGCAUCAGGAACCUCCACAUCGAGGCUCAGGCGUGGCGCAACGUUGCGCAGUCCAACGAGACCGUGGCCAAUGUUCUCCGCGCCGACCUUCAGCAAGUGCUCGAGCAGCAAGCGGUUCGUGGCAGUGGCAGCAACGACAGUGAGGACGCCGCCGGAUCGUGCUGGGAGGAGAAACAUGUGGCUUUUUGCAGGGAGGAGCAGGAGGAGGAGGAGGGUGAGACACCAGGAGUGGACCCCCGAGUGACAGAAGUCGAAAUGUGCAAGGGGUGCGGGCAGAGCGCCCCUGUUGUGCUACUGUUGCCGUGCAGACACCUCUGCGUGUGUGCGCCAUGCGCAGAAGCGGCACAGGUAUGCCCAUCGUGCAUAUGCGUCAAGACUGGUAGUAUCAGCGUCAACUUCUCGUGAUGCGAGGAAGAAAUUGUUUUGGAAGGUAGCCACCGGUGGGCCCGCCCCACCGCAUCAAGCCAUUGCUGACAGAACGCACAUGGUGCAUUGCGUUGCACUAUUAGUGAGACAUCGAACGUUCAUUCGCCAUUAUUUUUGUAGUUUAAGAGUCGACAUUUCCUUUCCUUCUAAGACUUUUUAGAGUCGAAUGAUGUCAACA